AUUAAAUUAAAUCAGUCGUUAGAGCCAGUGUAUAACGUACUUUAUUUUACACAUCUGCUGUCUAGUUACAGUAAUAUGAGCGACAACGAGAAAGACUUCAGGGAGCAGGUUGAGGUUGGAAGAAAGAAAAAGGCGGAAGACGUUUCAGAUGUGAAGUUGUUAAUAUUUGAAGCUGAUGGUGUUGAUGCAUGCUAAUGUAUUGGAUGCUGAAAAGAAGCGAUCAAGAUCUGUCCCCACUACUAGUGUUGUAAUGGCAGAUGGUAAAUGGGGGAAGAGGAGGAAAAAAGAAGUCAUAAUGUCAAAACAGAAGAAAGAAGAAAUGAAGGGUUGUUUUGAAGUAAUGAAGUUAUGAAGUUAAGAUCAGAAGUUUACCAGGGACUCGCAGCCUGGCUCGAGGAGUGCGUCCCCUCAGGGCUCGGCAAAAUCCACCAGCCGCUCACCAGCACGCUCCAAAGAUGGCUCCCGCCGCUCCAGGUCCAGAUCACGUUCUCGAUCUAGAUCCAAAUCCAGGUCCCGUUCCCAUCGAAGCUCACGCAGGCACUACUCCCGCUCUCGUUCCCGCUCUCACCGGCGCCGUUCCAGCAGGAGCCGAUCUCGUAGCUGGGAAUACCGCCGGCAUAGGAGCCAUAGCCGUUCCCCAAUGUCAAAUCGUCGCAGACACAUUGGCAACAGGGCCAAUCCAGACCCCAACAACUGUCUGGGUGUGUUUGGGCUGAGCCUGUACACCACUGAGAGGGAUCUGAGAGAGGUUUUCUCUAAAUACGGCCCUUUGAGUGAGGUCAACAUCGUGUAUGACCAGCAGUCCCGUCGAUCAAGAGGCUUUGCCUUUGUCUACUUUGAAAACUGUGAGGAUUCCAAGGAGGCCAAGGAGCGUGCUAAUGGAAUGGAGCUUGAUGGGCGCAGGAUCCGAGUGGAUUUCUCUAUUACAAAACGAGCCCAUACUCCCACUCCUGGAAUCUACAUGGGACGUCCCACAUACGGCGGUGGUAGUGGUGGUGGCGGUGGCGGCGGCGGUGGUGGUAGUAGUAGUGGAGGUUCAUCGCGGCGCGCCUCGAGGGAUUACGACAGGGGCUACGACAGAGGCUACGACAAAGGUUAUGAUCGGGACUAUGAUCGCUAUGAUGACCGAGAAUAUAGAUCAUACAGACGCAGAUCUCCGUCGCCUUACUAUAGCAGAGGGUACCGCUCACGAUCCCGAUCACGGUCCUACUCACCACGUCACUACUGAGCAGCAAAAGAAGAGUCGAUGACAGAUUCAGUGUUAUUGCUUGGAUGCUUGUCUUAUGUUUUUCUGACCACAUUAUGUAUGUGAUAGGAAUUCUGGAUUUGUUUAUGUAUUAAAGGUUUAAGAAAUUGUCCUAAAAAUGCAGGCUGUCUGAGCAACACAAUGUCAGUGGUUAAUAAUAAAAUGAGGUAACUUAGCAUUACCAAAUUUGUAGGAAGAAUAGUGUGAAAGUGUUUAAAAUGACAGAACGUAGGUUCAAGUGGAAAUGGGCAGUUCUCCGGAUGUGCGCCAAAAACGUAUCACGUGUUCAUUGGCUAACUUUUUCCAUCACUUUUUUAAAUUAAAAUCUGAAGUCAUUUUUGGCUACAAAAAGGAAUCGAAAACUCAAACCUAUUUGGCGGUGGUAAUUAAACUAAGGACUGGCUUGUUUAUGCUUGAUUCGACAGACUUGUUUUUAUAUGAGCAGGAUUUUCUGUGGCAGUUAUAUUACAAUUUCUCAUUUUGCUGUUUGUAUGUAGUUUGUUUCUUAAACUGUCAAGAUCCUAGUUUGCUCUUUGUUGUUUUAAAUACCCUUUUGUUUUUGUCUUUUUCUGGUGAAAACUUUCGUUGUUGUGUAUAUAAGCAAUAAAAAAAUACUUUGGUCAUUUGCUCUGUUAAGUAGCGGUGUGUAGUAUACUGUAAUGGUCACAUUACCCCAUGGUUUUAGAGGCAGGAAUGCUGCAGGUAUUGUACCAUGAAGUCCCAUCAAAUAUUUGGAAUUAUUGUUUGUUUUUGGGUUUAUUCUUUACACAAAUAAAAAAUAUUACUGCUUGGA